AUGCCAAGCACCGAUGGAAUCGGCUUCCGCCAUCUUGACAACGAAGGCCAGAACCUGUCCGCGCCAGGUGCCAACAAUGACCACUGGACUGGGAUCUCGACUCAUCACCAUUCACUCCCAGUCUCACCAUCGCCAUCAAACCAUAACCUCAGCUCUUACCGUCCCUCCCAGGCCCAGCUCGCGUUACCAUACGAACAGCUACAGCUGCGCCAAGACACAUGGUCGAACGCGCCCGGAUUCCUUGGCAUUUCAACGUUCAACGGCCUACAUCCGCUCGACUCUUGCGAUGUAGCCUCUAAGGGGGACGAUGGCCCCAGCGAGAACACACGGGAUGACUCUGUCGUCAGCAAGCUCAACCCACAGAGCCUUGGACAUCCUCUACGUCAAAGCCAAGAGCACUCGGGGGUUGGUGAGGGGUCCAGCCAAAACCCUAUGUCCACGCACCGAAAACGUCUCCUCCAGUACUUCAACCUAAAGGAGAACAUCAUGAUUACCACAACUGCCAACGGCAAGAAAGGAGCUCAAGCAACGAUAGAUACGAUAGUGCGGUCCGAUUUCUUGUACGAGUUCACUACUCGUGAAGAGGCGAAACGACUGGGCUUACCCAUACGCCCCUGGCCCGUAAAAAGACGGAAGCAAUACCUUACACCGGUCGGGAGGGUAAUCCCCUUUGGGUACGUCGAAGCAAGUAUCGAAGCCAUCUUGAAUGGAAUACCCCCUACAACUACAGUCAUCAUGGUCUUGGACGACGUCGGCGGGCUUCGGAACACUCUCAUCAUUGGGCGACACUUCCUGGAAAAAGCAGCGAAAGCAGCUGCUAAGAAUGAUCGAAGGCGACCAAACCAGGGGAUUCAGGGCAAGGGCAUCGAGGGAACGGCGAAUCUGACUACCCGGCUGCCUCAGCUGUCAGAUGGCGUGCUGCCGAUUAGCGCUGGGUAUCUUCCUCGCUUAAACUCAAGUAUGUUUGAAUCUCAACCAUAUCUUGGCGUUGGGAAUGCCACGAACACGAACUAUAACCCGUUCCUGCUCGCGCCACCCGUGCCGGGAUACCCAACUACAUCCGGAGCCCAGACCCCUUUCACACUAUCGUCCUCGGGUGACUUCUCUGCACUCAAGCGAUCCUCCGCGACAAGCCAGUCAGCUUUGGAACUACCCGUCUGCCCGUCGGGCUUCGAGGGCAGCAAUUUAUGGCCCUCGAGUUCUGCACAUGGUAGUGUCGUCCCUUCGCCAACGAUGCCGUUCAACGAGAACACGAUGCCUCCGUCCCACACUUGGCUAGGCAUGAACGACAGAGGAGGCAAUCAGUCAUAG